UGUUGUCUGUGAAGUAUGUCUGAGAAAAGGAAGUAUGGAUGUAUGCUGUGUAUGCAAAGCACAAUGUCACACUGUAUUCCUUUCAGAUAAGAUGGAUCCAGAUCUUAAGGCACUUUUUACACAGCCAGAGAAAGUUUGUGAGAGAUAUUUAAAGGAGUUUGUACAGAUUAUGGACUUCCAGGAAAAACACAGAAGACAUUUGUGUGCAAAAGAAAUAGAGGAGCAUGCAAAAUUGAAAGCCUAUGUGGAGCAUAUUACACAGAGGAAAGAACAAUUACAGCGUGAACUUGCAGAAAAUAAGAACUACAUUACAAAACUGGAAAGUACUUUUCAACAAAGUAUCAGACAGCAAACACCACGAUUGUAUACCCCAUCGGCAGCAAGGGAAUUUGUUUCAACACCUUCUAUGAAAUCAGCGAUGUAUUCUUCAGUUCCACAGUCAAGACCAUCCACCACUGAAAUAGCUCACAAAAUGGAGAUUAAUGGAAGUUCAUCGGGAAAAUCUGAUUCAUCUAUGGGCCCACCUCGGUUAUCGGUAAUUAGUCCACCCCAGGAUGGGCGAAUGGGUACUGUGCCUUAUAGAGGAGCUGGCAAAGUAGGAUCUUUUAGGACUGCAGCUCACUCAACACCAGUGCAACAGAUUGGACUUGCAGGCUCUCUGACAUCUGGUUCUUUAAGUCACGGAGGAGGAUCCUGGGACACUUCCAGCUACAGAACCAUGCUAUCUUGUUCUUCAACGCCGUCUUCAUCACAAACAUCUGUCUCGAGGCCUCCCAUAACCAUUUCAAAUCUCCUUAUGAGACCAUAAAUUACUUGGAUAACAAAAAUGGCAGAAAUUUGAAGAUUUGUAUCAGCCAGACAACGGCAAAGGAUGCAAUGUUUA